AUGACGCGACGACGUUUCAAUUCCUGGUGCCCGCCAACGCGAUGGCCGUCGUCGAGCUGCGGCGCGCGGCGGACGUGGCUCGACGGGCGCGGGGGGACCACGCCCUCGGCCAGGAGCUGGAGGAGGCCCAUGACCACCUACAAGCGGUUCAGCGUCCUCUUCAUGCGAGCCAAGGAUCUGGCUGCCGAGAUCGAGGACGGCAUACGGCGCGAGGCGGUCGUCGUGCACCGCCGGACGGGGGAGGCGGUCUACGCCUACGAGGUGGACGGCUUCGGCAACGCCUUCCACAUGGACGACGCAAACGUGCCGUCCCUGCUGAGUCUGCCGUAUUUGGGGUUCGUGCCCGUGAACGACACGACGUACCAGUCCACCAGGCGCAUCGUCCUCAGUGCGGCCACGAACCCGUUCUACUUCCAGGGCGCGGCGGGCCAGGGGGUGGGCAGCCCGCACACGGGGCCGGGCAAGAUCUGGCCGAUGUCGGUCAUCAUGCAGGCCCUGACCUCGCAGGACGACGACGAGAUCCGCGCCUGCCUGUCGGUGCUGAGGUCCACCACCGCCUCGCGGUGGUUCAUGCACGAGAGCUUCGACAAGGACGACGCCACCGCCUUCACCCGGCCCUGGUUCUCGUGGGCCAACUCGCUGUUCGGCCAGCUCAUCUUCCACCUCGCGGAGAGCAGGCCGCACCUGCUGCUCAGGCCGCGGGCGCCGCCCGAGGCCGUGGUCUAG